AUGCGGCCAGCUGGCCUGUGGCGCAUAUCGUCGCCCCUGGCAUCGCCAUCGUCCGUAUCACCUGCGGUGGCCGGAUCGACCGCGUCGACUACAUCGCCGGCGUCGCAGGCAUCGCGGGCAUCGUCGUCGGCAUCGCCGUCGCUGCUCUCGCUCUCGUCGUAUCUUCCCAAGCUGCCGUCGCUUUCAUCGCUCUCGCUAUCGUCGGGCGGGGGCAGCGGGAGCGAGAGCGGGAGCGGGGGCGGUGCAGGGAGUGGAGGCGAUGCCGGGUCGCUGGUGAGGAUGUGUGAUACGUGUGUGGGUGUGGUGGCGGCACUGGAUGGCCUGUCAGCGGCGUCAUCGACGCCCAAGAAGACGCAGGCGGCUGUGCUGCUGGCGGAGCUUGCGGCGGUCCCGCACUUUGCGUGGGUCGUCUCCAAGCUUGGCGCGGUCUCUGUCCUGGUCCAUGUCCUCCUGGCGUCGUCGGACGAGCACUGCGUGGCGCAUUCGGCACUGGCGCUGGCGCGAGUCUCGUACAUGCACUCGAACGCGGUGCUGAUCACGGCGCUUGCACCGACGGUGUUUGGCCAUCUGACGCGACUGCUGUCGACGGCGUCGCCACCGUCAGUGGCGGCCGGGUGCGUGGCGCUGAGCCACAUGCUCGCCGACAAGGAGAUGCGCCGCGCAGCGGCGGCUUGCGGGCUGGCGACACCGUUGCUGCUGGUGCUGGAGACGCGGGCCAGCGCGCUGCGGGCGGCGGCGUCUGCGGGCGGUAGCAGCUGCUCGCAGGAGACGGACGACUUUCUGGCAUCGGUGACACUUGCGGCGCUGGGCCUGCUGCUGCACGACCCACGGGCGCGGGCAGAGCUUGCGGGCGCUCAGGGUGGGACCGGUCUUCGUGCCUUGGUUGGAGCGCUGCAACCAUCGUCUCGAGCCAGCCUAGAGCAGUCGUUCAAGCUUCUCUCUCGCGGGGCAGGCGCGCUGGCGGCGCUUGCGCGCGACGAGUCGCUGGCGAUGCUGGGCGAGCUGGUUACGGCCGGGGCACUGGAGGCGCUGGGGCGGGCGCUGCAUCUCGCGCUCGAGCUUCUGGGCGGGGCGCUCGCCGCCGGGCGGCGCGGCGAGCCGUACAUUGCGGCACUGCGAGUGACGACUCAGGCACUAGCCCUGCUAGCGCGGUCGCCGGUGGCGGUCUCUGCGCUGGCGGCGCUCGCCGAGUCGAGCGGUGGCGCAGCGUUCGAGUCGAUGGCAUCGCCUGCAGCGAUGGAGUGGUCGAUGCACCACACACUGGCGCAGCUGAUGGGCUUCCCGGGUGGACUUGCACACGCCACGCUGGUGCUCAACGAUGACGACCGGGCCAAGCUGGCACUAGCGGCGGAGGCGAUGGUGACGCACCCGUUUGUGACAGUGCAGGUCCUUGCGCUGCUGACGUUGGCAGCGCAACAGGGCUCAGCCUUUGUCCUUCCAUUUGUGCGGGUGGUGAGCCGGCUGCUGUCCGAGACCGCGCACCCUGCGGUGUUUGCGGCGGCAGCUGUGGCGCUGACAGCAAUGGUUGAGCACUGCGUCUCGACCGAGAUCGACGAGGACGGCGAGGCCGUGUCGGUCGGCAUGCUGGCGGUCUACGGCGGGGUGCUGAGCCAUCUCUCGGCGCACCUUGUGGAGGCCGGCGAGGAGGGCUCGCCGGUCCAUGCGCUGGCGCUCCUCGCAUCGCUCGCAUUUGAGAGUAGCGCUCGGGCGGCGAUUGUGCGGACGGCGCCGAUCAUGGACGGCGUGGUGGCGCUCGCGCACUCGCUGGACACGGCGCCGCCGCACACAGCGGUGCUUGCGCGAACGGUGGCGCUGUUGGGGUGCUCUGUACCGGCGGCGCUGCACCUGGUCCAUGCAGGAGUGGGCGGCGACCUUGUGGAGGCUGCGGCGAGUGCGGGAGCCGGAGCGCGGGUGAUGAUCCUCCUUGCGCUGGCCUCGCUGCUGCACUCGGCCGGGCCGAGUGCGGAUGGGCUCGAAGACGGCCUGCACCUGGUAGAGUCUGCCAGCGGACAGUGGCGCGACGGCGGCGGGCGUGACGCGCUGGAUGCGGCGCCUGAACUUGCGGCGGAUGUGCUCGAGACGGCGUUGCGAGCGCUGGCACACGCGCGCGACCGGGUCAUCCGAGUCUUUGCGCUCGAGAUUGUGGUCCUCGCGCUCGAGGCUGUCGGCGGCGAGGCUGGCCCCGAGUCGCUUGCGGCGGCAGCCAAGAUGGCGCUCGGCCUCGCAGGCACGGUCUCGCGGCACGUGCUGUUUGGCGUGGGACGGGUGCUUGUGGCGACGGCGGCAAGCGGCGGGCCAGGAGAGGCCGUGCUGCGCGGCGAUAGGCGGGCGGUACGGGCGGUGGAUGCACUCGAGGCCUCACACUACGCUGAUCUCCGCGGGCUCGGGGCCGAGCUCCGGCGGGUGGUGGAGAACGGGUGCGAAGGCUGAGGCCGAGGCCGUGGCUGUGGGGAGUUUACGUCGUCAGUCGAGUGACUCGAGGAUGGCGAGACGUGAGAGGACGGUCUCCUUGGACGUCUCCAUGAUCUCGCCGGCAAGUACGAUCUCGUCGAGGACUGCGUAGCACUUCCAGAAGUUGUAGACGAGGUCGAGCUCGCAGACGUUGCCGAAAAAGGCAUCCAGGGCCUCGACAAAGAAGUGAAUGAGCUCGAGAGCGCGAGCUCGUUGUCCGAGACGUCAACGCAUGCGACAAAGUACAGCGAGGCGUAUGCGUUGUAGAUGAUGCGGUAGUUGGUCCACUCGAGAAAGUUGCUCAUGGCCAGCGGGCGGGAUGUGACAAGGCGAUGGACCUCUGCCACUACCUUUGCCUUUUCCUCCUCGGCGUAGGGCGUGAACCACCGGGCCAUGCGGACCUUUGCAGCUGUGUUGAACACGAGGACCCAG